AUGGAUCAUCAAGUGCAAGGUCUCGUCCUCGUCGACAAUGAAUGGGUAUCGAGACCGCUCGACGUCUAUCAAAUCAUGGCACGGGCUCAGCAAGCUGACACUGAGAUGCGAGAGCCCACCAUGAAAUCCGCCACCCAUGUUCCCGAACUUGGUAUCCUCUCAAGGACUAUUUUUGCGAGCCCUAUGAGCAACGUCAUUUUGCCGGCAAACGUACGCCACAAAGACCUGACUGACAUCGCUUUGGUCGGUGAAGAUUCGGUGCAGUUGAAAGAGAUUCGCGACUAUGGCCACCUUCGCCAUGUUGCAACCAAGACUGAUUUCAAAGGCCGCAUCCUCGCAGCUAGGAUUUUCGGCGACCCCCGCGAGGUCCCCAUCACCAAGAGCGUUGGAAGUCCGCUGCCCAAGAAGCAAACCAUACACCGAGAGAGGAGAUCGAUGACAGGUGACGAAGAAUGUCACCUGCCUCCAGAAGUCAUCGUACUCACUUUGACGUCAAGGACGCUAAUGUUUCUGUGGGCUCGUAACAUGCAGGCAGGCGCCGUCUCGUUCAGCCAGAAAACCAUCAAGCUUCCCGCUGGAGCUACGCGCUUUGACCGGUUUGGUGCCUUUCUCGCUAUAGAUCCCAAACGCCGAGCAAUGGCAGUGGCUGCGCCUGAGGGACGCUUCAUUCUAUACAAGACCAAGACCAUGGAAAGAUGGAGAAAGGAGAUUCGAGAAGGUAGCGACACAAUACCCAUCGAAGAUGAGCGCAUCAUCCCAAUCGAGGGGCGUAUCAUGUAUAUGGACUUUCUAUCAUCGGGCAGCGGACUGGACGAUUUCCAUGUGGUACUUCUGUUCAUCAUCGCACACCAAGGGAAAACAAAGAUCACAUGCUUUGACUGGGAUUGCAGGCAGGACUUGAGCAAGGCUACCGCACGAACCGAGCGGGUCUUGGUGGACUACGAGGAUCACAAUCCGUCCCUACUCAUCCCUUUGAGGCGUAGCCCCGACUUCUUAUUAGUCUUCGACAGUCAUAUAUCAGUUUACAAAGACGUGCUCUCAGGUGUUCCCGUACGCACUAAAGCACCGAUAAGCGCUAUCAUUCUCGCUCCGCUACAACCCGGCGACAGUAGACACAAACCGCGAUGGGUUGCAUGGGACAAAGCACCACGCAACCCAGAGUUCGAGAAGGAAGCCUUCUACAUUGUGCGAGAAGAUGGGCGUUUCAUGUAUGCGGAACGAGGCCCAGGGGCUUCUGUGGAUAUACAUGAAGCUGGCGACUGGCCCUAUCGAAUCGAUACCCCAUUUGCAUGCCUCAGCGUUGACAAUUCCGAGUUUGCACAGCUGUAUCCAGACGUUCUGAUUGCAGGAGGAGCUGGCAACGAUGGGCUUCUAUGCAAAAUUGGGGCGUGGCCAACAGAGUACUCAUAUGCCUUGCCCUACCCCGGCACAAAUCGGUUCAGCUACGUCGAGUCGAUACCCAAUUGGACUCCUCUCACGGACCUCUCAGUCACUCGACUCGACGGCCUACGAGCGCCCUACAAACGCGACCGAUGUGCGAUAUUUGUCGCAAAUGGGAGCAGCCCACAUGGACAGGUAUCUGAACUCAGACAUGGCCUGAAUGCGUUCGUCGACGACUCGUUCAGUGGCAUGAAUGGCUGCACCGGCCUCUGGGUGGUCGACUAUGGCAGUCAAACGGUCGAUAGCGAAGGCAAAAGAGUAAAAGAUCACUAUGCUACGCUCUUAGUCACCCUCCCACUAGAGACACUUCUAAUUCGGGUCACUCGUAUAUCACCUGAGAAUCGCGGCAAGCUCUCUGGUGCUUGGGAAGAUGGGAAAUGGGAAAAGGCACAGAUACACGCUGAAGAUGAGGCCAUUGCUGACGAUAUCAUGCGAGAUGAGGAGACUGUUUCCGCGUGUCCUUGGUCUGAUGAUUUUUCGAUACAGAUCUGUCGAAACGAGGCUCGAACUCUACGUCGGCCAGCUCUGUGUCAAAUUGAUUCAAUCUCAUUCAGCGGCCCCUUGCUACUAGCCGCUUCUCGGGCUGCAUUCCCUUUCAUUGCAGUCACCUUCCGAGAGUCUGGCAAGAUAUAUUUGAAACUCAUACUCAUUUCCCACGACGGAUCCUUUAUCCCAGCCAAGAGUAUUCGACAUCAGCUAGCUUAUGAUCCGACAUGCAUUGAGCUCCUAGACUUUAACGGUGCUCCACAUGUGUUUGUAAGCACGUUUGAUUCGAAAAUCUUGCUCUUCCGGAUAGACGAGCAGGGAGCCUUUUCCCUAGUGCUAGAGGAGUCACUUGAAGAUGUUGCAGUAGAUGGCUUCCGUAUGCUGUGUGAAAGUGCCGUGGUUCUGGAGUCCAGGGGACAGCAGGUGCUGGUAUGUGCGACGCGAACUGGGUAUCUUCUUAGCACCAAUCUCGCAAUCGUCGAUAAUGCUGCCCCACGCCUACCUUGGCGAUCUGUAAAGAUGGGCGUUACUUCAGCACGAAUCAUGCGAAGUCAAACCGAUGCCUCUGUUGCUUUCGUAUCAUGCAGCUCGGACCUCUGUCGAGUGCGUUGCUCAACGCUUAAUCCCCUUGUUCUAGAUGUCAGUUCCAUAUGGUUCACCAACCGCACCAACCCAGGCUACCUCCAGUCCCCGGUCACGGCCAUGUAUCAGCUACCCUUCUUUAGAGAACUGGAUUCUAUAGGAAGAAACCUCGGCGGUUUUCUUUUUGCCGUUGCUGGAGACCAGCUACUCUUCUCGCAGCUCGACUCCGACAUUAGGUGGACGAGCCAUGACGUUCCGUCGCUAUCUGUGCAUGAUACCAGAACGGUGCCACGAAAGCUUCUUACGGUAGCAAAGCCUACAAAUGUCGUAUACAUGGAGUCACCGCGGCGAAUGGUAGUCUCUACUAUAGAGGCAAAAGAGGAACGAGCACCACCAAACGGCUCCAGGGUGCUACAUUCAGCAAUCAAGUUGCUGACUGUACACGACGAUAAAUCCAGCGACGAGCUGGAGGUCAAGCAGGAAGACGGAGACGCACCCGUUGAUAGAGUCAUUAUAGCUGAGUAUACUUUGAAACCUGCGGAGAGAGUUUACUCUCUCGUCGAAUGGCCGUUUAUUGAUCACCAAGGGAAGAAGUACUGCCUCUUCAUUGUAGGCACUGGGAUCGCCGUGGGCUCCGGCAAGGAGACAGGAAGAAGGCUUAUCUUCAACGCAGGUAAGAACGGAACAAAGUUACAGAUGCAAAAAGAGUCCAGCUACGAGCAUCCGGUCUAUUGUGUAGCCAUGUGGGGAAAUGAGUCGACCGUCAACGUCAUAGGAAAGACAUUGUCAUUGGACUACUUUGACUCUCAGGCCGGACGAUGGUUCAAGCGCGGUACGAAAGACCUGCCUUCUCCAGGAAUUCACAUAUCCGUCAAAGGUAAUUUCGUCUACGUUUCGACACUUCAGCAUUCACAUAUCUGCUAUAAAAUUGUUGAAACAGCCCGAGAAGGCCGGUUUGAGUUCGAGCAAGUCUUUACGGACAGCCGCGAGCGCUCGUGUACUCACCACCUGGUCAUGGACCUGUCCAGACCCGAUGAGGCGGAUCAGAACAAGGACAACAUCGUACUACUCACAGACAAGAAGAGUGCCUCGAUCUGCGGCCUUUAUCACCCACCCGAUCGAACCUACAGAAACGAUUCGGCAACUGUUUUCGAAGCUUGUCUCCCCCGAACAGUAGUCCGCCUCCAACGCGGAGACAUCCGUCCCCCAUGGCGUCGCUCAGAACUCUCGCGUACGGGCGGAAUCCUCUCAGACGAUAUCAUCGGUGCCUGCUCUGACGGCACCAUAUACACAUUUUCCAUCCUCUCCCAACCAGCCCGUCACCUCCUCCGCCUCUUACAAAACCUCAUCGAAGCAAAAGAAGCUCGUGACCCCGCAUACCAGCACACCUUAAUCAAGCCUCGGAGUGGCAACAUCUUCGAUGUCCUCAUGAAUGGCGCAGAGGGUAUUCAGGAUGCAAAGAUUACAGCGAGAAGCGUAGAUCCAAGGCAUCAGGAGCGCGGGCCUGCGGCGCCAAGGAACAAGCAUGUCGAUGGUGAUAUGCUGCUUAGGUGGAUGGAUGAGGGUGGGGAGUUGGAGGAGUUGGUGAGUCGAGAGACGGAGAAGGACGUCGAGGUGCUGUUUGCAGAGUUGGCGCUUGGUGUUGAUUCGAACUGGGGUGCGGGCAAGGAGGCGGAUCUUGCAGACACUGGGGCUUUGGUGACGGCGGUGAAGGUGUGGUUGGGUGAGGUUUUCAUGCCUCUUCUUUGA